CUGUAAUGAUGAGGAACGAACGGCUGUGACUACUACUACUAUGCUGUAUCGUGUACCCGUAUCUGUCAGUGCAGAGGGAGGAAGCGUUUCUUGUGUAUUUAUUUAUUUAUUUCUUCCUUCUUUCUUGCGGGAGAAGCCUCCUUAGUGGUACCAUGCGACCGCAUCCCAAUCCCAAUUACUGUAUUACGUUUAGAUAGACUCGCACGCCUCUCUCCUCCUCCACAGCUCCAAGAAAAAUUUACUAGCGGCUCUAAUGGGGCACCCAAAAUGCCGCUGGAGAGAGGAAUAAACCUGUAGUAAGCAGGCGAGCAGCGUUCAUGGGGAAGCCUCUUCGUCCUCUGCUCUUCCGCGCCCUCCUCCUCCUCCUCCUCCUUUUCCCUCGUUCCCGGUCGCUUGCUCCCUUCCUCGCCCUCCUACCCCCCUGCCCUUCGUCGCCUACCUCUUCCCCGCCCCUCUGCUGCCCUUCUCCCCCUGCCCUCCUGCUCUUUCCAGUAGGUCGAGUAGAGAUAUUGGGGGGAGAGGGGGGGGGGGGAGCGGUCGAGGAGGGUGGGAACCGGAUUGGGACGACAGAGAAGGUAAUGGGAAAAGGGACCGGCAGAAGGGGGUUUUCGCUGAUUCACCUGGAUGGGGGGGACGGGAGAGACGGAUGGGAUUUGCGAUGUCGAUUGCCCAGAAGGGAACGGCCAUGACACCACACCGGCGGGGGACGCGAGAUAACAAAAGCAGGCAUGGGCGUCGAUGGCGGGUGCAACGGGCGGAGAGCAAGCGGGCUCGAAGGGAAAAAGG